AUGUUGAGGAACGUACUUACACUACUGCUGCCAGUGCUGGCAGUGAGCGGCGUGAGCGUUGAUCCACGAUGUACGCGAUACAGUCUCGGUUCGGAGGCGCAGGUCCUGCCGCAUCUGCAGGACUGUCGCAAGUUUGUCAUCUGUGAUAUGGGCGGCAAUGGGCAGGUGCUUUCGUGUCCCCCGGGGCUGUACUUUAGUGAUGAAGCGCACGCCUGCUCAUUCGAUAUGGCGGCCUGUACGCACGGUGAGCUUGACGAGACGGUGCCCGUUGUUCCCGAGCCUCAACCACCACGACCCGUGCCACAGGAGCCCUCGCUACCGGUUGCCCCGGUAGAGCCACGACCUCUUCCGUUGCCGGUACCACAGCCACAGCCACUGCCCGUCAUCCCCAGUGAUCCGCUGCCGGUUGUGCCACCGAUAGUGGAAGGCAAUUCGAACGGGGCUGAAACAAAACCAUCGCUACCAAACUGGCUACCGAUCGUGACGUCACCUCCAGUCAUUGAAGAAUCCGUGGAAGAACAAGCUGAAAUCGAGCAGCUUCCACCGCAGAGUGUUUGCUGGGAUAAGCCGAUGGGUAAGAUUUACCCCAUCGCCAACGACUGCGGUCUGUACGUGGUGUGUAUGGGCAACAAUGAUGCGAUCGUGCAACGCUGCCCCAAGGGUUUACUGUACGAUCACCAACAGCAGCGUUGUGAGUUUGCCGAUGCGUCCUACUGCGCGACGCCACGCGUUGACGGGCGGUUAGUGCUGGACAUACACGGCGUCGAUAUGAGUCUGCUGGAGGAAGAGAAAGCACAACAGGAGGACGAGGAGACUAUGGAGCUUGCUGAAGAAUCCUACUCCGUUCCGGUAGUACCUGUGAACGAGCACGCCCCUGCCCUGGUGAUGGAAAUGGUGCAGCAUGAGCAUCAGCCGGUGCUUUUUGUGCCUGAACCGGAGAUACCCGAACCAGUGCAGCCGAUUGUGGAGUACAACUUCCGCAUCAUCGACAAUCAUCCGCGCUGUCUGGCACGCAGCAACAUGGGUCUGACGGCUCAGCUACCGCACGACUCCGACUGCAGGAAGUAUCUGGUGUGUGUUGGGCGCGUCGCUAUCGAGAAGGUGUGCCCGGCCGGACAGCACUGGAAUGCGAAGAACAAUUGGUGCGACUUUGCGUCCGUGGCUGGUUGUACGCUGUAAGUGUUUGCCUUUUGAAUAAUAGAAAAAUAAACACCAUCACCAGGAUCUUCAAUGCA